CCAUGGAAACAAGAAGACUUUUUCCUGCCGGGGCUUGAGAGUGUGUGUGGAGUGGUUCCGUGCGCGUGGCCAUACAGGAAUCACCGUGUUUGUUCCAAAGUGGAGGAAGGAGGCACCACGAUGGGAUACGCCCAUUCAGGACCAAGAGAUUCUUCUGGAACUCGAGCGAGAGAAUGUCUUAGUGUUCACACCUUCUAGAGUGUGUGGUGGCAAGCGAAUAGUUUCUUAUGAUGAUCGUUACAUCCUCAACGAAGCUGUUGCUUCCAGUGGAAUUGUUGUCAGCAACGACAAUUACCGUGACCUGGCAGCAGAGUCAUCCCAGUUCCGACGAGUCAUAGAAGAGAGUCUACUCAUGUACUCAUGGGUUAAUGGACGUUUUGUGCCGCCUGAUGAUCCUCUAGGACGCAAUGGCCCCACUCUUGAUGCCUUCCUACGGAGGGGACCUGGUGGGGUAGGUUCAACCAGGGACCCACGACAAGCACCAUGCCCUUACGGCAGGAAGUGUACCUAUGGCAACAAAUGCAAAUACAUGCAUCCAGAACGGGGUCCUGCACCUCUGAAGUCAGUGACAGAGAGAUUACAAGAACAGGCGCAGCGACACUACCAGAACAAGGCCAAGACUAGAGAUUCCUCUCCAGGUGUAGAUAUCCGUGGCAAAAGUUUAUCGUUACCAGUGGGAGUCACAGAUGCUGAAGUGCCAAAGAAACCACUGACACGAACCCAGAGUACAGUACCCCCUAUGUCUCUCACCCUGCCAUCUACCCUUACCCAGGAAACCCCAACUCAUGAUCUGGGACCUGCCGGUUCAACGUCUGUCGCCUCUCCACACACUCACCAUCACCUCAUACCACCACAGCAUUUGGAGUCUCGUCCUCUAGACCCAUUACGAUCUUCAUUAUAUAAAAGUGAGACUUCUCUAUACCACAUGUAUCCUUCACAAACUCCUCAAGGCAGUUUUGGGUCCUCUCCUUGGCCAUGGAAAGGUCAAGGAGCACCAUCUCAAAGCCAGUCUCCUAGCUAUGGAUCACAUAUACCUGUAAGCAAACAACUGUCAGACCCCGAUCCUGCUGCUUCUGGGAAUCCACAUAAGAAGUUACAGCGGCAGCUUACUCUAAAUCCUACAUUUGAUUCUCGUCUGUACAAGAUGGCUGGUUAUAAGGAACCUGCCCCAGAACAUUUCCCUAUUGUUAGUCCUGUUCAGCAGCAGCAACAGCAGCAGCAACAACAGCAGCAGCAGCAACAAGAACAACAGCAACAGCAGCAACAGCAGUCUGGGAGUCAAGGGUCUCCUAGUAGGUCUGCAGGUCGAGAUGAAGCUAUUGUAUAUUCCCAAGCAGGAGCUGGGAUGACUGGGCGCAUUUCACCAGGAUAUUCUUCCCCGUAUGGUAGUCGAGAACAACUGCAAGCUGUCCACCCUCCUCUUGCUCGUCAUUCCUCAUCACAGGAAGGUGCGAAACACAUGCCAACAUUACCACCCCAUCUCUAUCCUUCAUAUACUCAUCCCCAUGUCACACGCUUUGCCUCUGCACCAGAUCCUAUAUGGGGAGGUCAGCAGCAGCAAACCACGCCCGGUCCACCACACAUCACACGCCUGAACUCCACAUCUGAUACAAGGCUGAACGUAUAUGGCUGCAGUAGUGAAUCGCAGCUCUUUUCUGAAGUUCCAGUAUUUGAUGAUCCAAUGAACCGCCUAACACAGUUCCACCCAGGCGGGCACCACAGUACUAGUCCUGGACCAGGAGCUGCAUCACCAGGGCCAAUUGGCUCAAGGCCCAUGUCUCCUCAGCAUGGCAGUGUUAUGCACCAUUCUCCAGGUGUAUCUCCAAGACAGCACAUACCAUCACAACAGGCAUCCUUAGGUUUAUCCUCCAGUUUUCCAAGCCCUAUGAGUGGAGCUGCAAGUCAUGAAGAUGUCCGGCUGCGCAUUUUCUAUCAUCUCUCCAACCUAUUCCCUGAAGCUCAGGUGCGAGCAGUACUAGCUAUGUAUCCAGAAGAGACAGACCCUCAGAAAAUAUGUAGCUACAUCUUAAGUCCUAAUCAUGGACCCGUGGGGUCGCGGCCAAUGUCUCCACAGCAGCCAUCACAACCUGGUGUGGGACGGCAGUCGCAAGGUGUUCAGGGUUCAUCUUCUCCUACAGCUGCUUUUCCGAGCUCUCUUCCUACUACAGCAUCCAGCCAUGAGGAUGCACGCUUUCGUACGUUCUACCAUUAGUUUUUUAAAUUUCCAAAAGCUCAAGUGCAUACUGACCUGGCUAUGUGUCCUAGUGAAACUAAGGACUAGAUGUAUGCCACCUUAAUAAGGCCUGAUAAAUGUCAGUCCCCAGACUUUGCACAAAGUACCUAAAAUAAACUAUUGAUGUAUUGCAUCAGGCACAUAAUUAUAGCAUAUCAUUAUAUGUAAUUUUGAAACUGAAAUGUAUGGUUCAGUUUGCUUUAUACAAAUUGGCAAGGAAAAGGGAAAAAUCUAAGACUGAUGUAAUGUUUAUUAAACAAGUGUGAUGUUUAGUGAAAUAUGAAAGUAAGCGUUAGUGAGGCUGAUAGUAUUACUGCACAUAUUGGGAUAUAUACGAAUGUACUGUGAAUUAGUUCCAUUGGAAUCCUAUCUAAGGCAAGAAGUGUGUCCUGAGGGAAGCUAAACAUUCUAAAAGGACAGGAGAAAGGUGAGAAGUAACUAAAGGGGUUUUCAGUAUUGGCUUGCCAAAGCUAUUGCGUUUGUGGAAGCAUUUAUUAGAGCACAUAAUGUUUUUACCUUGCCUAUGGAUAGCGACUAUGAGGUCAGUUUGACAGUAGUCAAUAUUUUACCUAGGUACUAGCACUGCAGCGAUUGCUACACUUUAGUUCAGGAUGACAAGCUUCGGUUAUGGUUUUUCUGUUCUUUUAAGUGUAAAUGGAGUGCCCAAAAGUGUCUUAUGGACAGACACGAACUUGGCAUGAGUCCUAUAUAUCAAUCAAAAGGUCAAUAGAUUGGCAAAUAAAUUUGUCUGUUCUCAUGUUAAUCAUAUGAAAUCAUGUAGUUUAAAAGCAGGACUCAACAGCCUAUGUUAAGAGUGUGCCAUAAGCUGCAAUGGCUCCCAGUGGAGAAAGUAACGUACUAGUUGGUUAUAAUAUGCUGGUGCUAUACUGGCUAUAGUGUGAGAGGCUCGUACCACUAGUUAUAUGAAACGAUUUGCUCAGCAUCUAGAUACUGAUAGUAUUCUUAAUUAAAGAAUUGCCAGGGAAUCUUAAUAAAAGUAAUAUAGAAAGGUACUGCAACAAGAGAAAUGUCCCGCAAGUACUUUGUACUUAUUGUUGACAGUGAUAAUGUUCUGGAGAGCUGCAAGACUUAGUCAUUGAGAGUAACCAAUAGGAUGAGUGAGUUGGCACAAACCUAUCAGGUGGAACAGAUUAUUUUUGUUAUGAACAUAUAAUGUUUCUAUUAUUACAUAAUAUUUGUAAAGGGUUUUGUUAUUUUGCUGCCCUUUAUUUCUCCCUUGAUGCAACAAGCGUGUGUAUGUGUGUAUUGGAAGCCACCAGAAAGUGUGACAUCUAAAUAAGGUUUGCAUUUGUGAUGUAUGAUCACCUCAGGUUCGCAUGUUUAUGGAUACAUUAGAUCCAUUAGUGAAUUAGAUUGAGGUUGGUAUGUAACAAACCUUGCAGAAUCACACUUUUAAUGAUGGCUGGAGUGAAGCGUGUCAUUACAAUACUAUGUAUUGUGGGCUGUACUGGGUGUGUACCCAACCAUUGUGUGGCUGCACCCUAUUGCUACCCUUAAGUCACCAGGCUCAGAUAGAGCUACAACAUAGGUGCUACCUCAUUGUUCAUUCUUCCAGUAGUGUGAGUGUGCCAGUAAAGCUGAGGUUUUACACCGUGUGUAGUUCCUAUCUAGUUCUCAUUGGUGGCUGUGUGGUGACAUAAGGAAUGUAAUGGGUGCAGCUAGACCGCUACUUAGCGGUAACUGUGUAGCUCAUAUUGAUCUUGAGGGCCUACCACACCUUGACAUAGGCUUCUCAAUUCUUUUGAAGAGCCUUUGUAAUGUUCUACAAAUUUCAUUAAUUCUAUUUUUUCAUUAUCACAAUUAUAGUGGAAGUGCGCUAUAGUUUUCAGGUAUAUAUGUAAAGAAAAAAUGUAUGAAAAUUAUUAUUAGUGAUGGCAAUCUUUUGCACAGUAACAUAUUGGUCAAUAUUUUGGUAUUUAUUUAUAGGUCAAUUAUGUAGUGAGGUUUAAGGCUAUUAAAGACACCCUUUUUAUGUCUAGGAGGUGGCCCUCUCUUGGCUUUUCACACUGACCUUCCUACACUCUCAAUAAAAAGAAAUUUGAA